AUGUCUAAGGCACGACCUGGCGAGCCUAUGACGAUUUACAAGUCGGAUCAUGCGGCAGCUUACCGACAAGUACCCACUGACCCUAAUGAAGCCCCCUUCCAGCUCAUCUGCGUAAAAGGACCCGAUGGCGAGCCGGCUAUAUUCCGACAUCUGGCCCUCUCGUUUGGAGCCAGCUCGAGUGUUGUGAACUAUUGCAGACUCUCUCAAUGCCUGAUCCAUCUACAUAGGGUGAUGUUUGGAGCGGUGAGCAUGUCGUUCAUAGACGACUACUGGGGAAUAGAGCCAGCCACCUCGGCUGCCACAGCAUACGAAUGCUGGACCGUGCUCAAUGAGCUCCUAGGAUUCAAAGAGAAGGAAUCCAAGAAGGCACCUCCCUCCUCGGAUGUUCGUCUACUGGGGCUAGACGUCCAGCUCUCUGCCAACACUCUGACCUUGUCUCUCACUGACGAGAAGCGCAAGCAGCUGUGCAAUUCCCUCUCCGAGCCCAGGCAGCAUGAGGAAGCUCUGUGGUCGAUUGACGUUCGCCUCCGCGACGUCCCCAGAUCGGUCGUGGAGAGCUUAUACGAGAGUACUCUACUCAUGGAUAGCCAACGGAAAAUCACUUGUCUCGCAAAGGGAAAGGGACGCGAUCGGUAA